UUUUUCGCCGGUUCUCCCACUGCCCCGCUCGUUAUCUUUGCGAUGAGUAUUGGUCUGAUUUACGGAGCCAUGUUGGUCGGUGGCUUGCUUGCCUUUGGGAGACUUGUCAGGUUGUGUUAACAUGCAAUUCAUCGUGUAUUGCCGGGUCUACUAUUUCCGCGAGAGUUGGCGUACUAAGUCAUUGGUCAUUGUGAUAUGGCUGCUUGACUUGUCUCAUUCCGCACUUGUUGCAGUCGCCCUUUGGGAUUCCAUCAUUGCGACCUAUGGUGAUCUCAGUAAAGUUGACACAAUCCCCUGGUGUAUUGGUCCUACGAUCGAGCUUACUGCUUUGAUUACCUUCCUCGUUCAAAGCUUCUUUGCGUACCGAAUCUAUAGACUGCAAAACAAGAAGCUCGCUGUAGCGAUUCCGAUUGUUGCGCUCUCUUUUGCUCGUUUAAUUAUGGCUAGCAUCACAAAUAGCGAGAUGCUCAAAUUGAAAUCAUACGAUACAUUCUUUCAACGAUUUUCUUGGGUCUUCACUAUUGGCCUUUUACUUUCAGUACUCGUGGAUAUCAUGAUUACAACUUUCCUGUGCUACUUCCUUCGCAAAAAUCGACCAAAGUUUACAGACACUAUGCGUAUCAUCGACACCCUGACAUUCUGGACAAUUCAGAAUGGCUUGAUGACAAGUGCUGCAGCUACCGCAACAUUGCUUUGCUGGAAGAUCAUGCCUUCGAACCGCAUAUUCCUAGGUCUUCACUUUGUUGUAGCAAAAUUAGUAUAUGCAAAUUCCCUUUUAGCUACCCUCAAUGCUAGAAAGGAAAUAUUGAAUGGAAAGCAAUACGCUCCUACGAACAAUCAGCCUAUGUCAAUCGUCUUUAGGGAGCAUGGACCUGAUUCUUCGAUAACGCAGCAGGGAUCGCUGCGAGUGGACACUCCCCAACCGAAAGCAGUGCACCAACGGGGGACAUUGACGCAAUUGAAUGUUGAACAGAUCGUGGAGUCCAAGGAUGAUGAUUAUAAGGAAUUCGACCAACGCACUGAUGACACCCUCAUGAUCAUUCACGGCAUGUAUUUGAUAUCAACCAUGCUAUCUUACCUUACUUAACAUGUGUCCCAUAUAUUCUCAUCAUAUACCUACCAAUGUUAACCUGGAAGUUACUACGUAUUCUUUCAUCCUCAAG